AUGGAACCAGAAAAUUAUACAGAAAUUUCAGAUUUUCUUCUUCUGGGAUUUACAGAGGAACCAGAACUGCAACCUUUCCUCUUUUGGAUAUUCCUGUUUGUGUACCUGAUCACUAUGCUUGGGAACCUGCUCAUCAUCCUUGCCAUCAUCUCAGACUCCCACCUGCACGUGCCCAUGUAUUUCUUCCUCUCCAACCUGUCCUUUGCUGACAUCUGUUUCACCUCCACCACUGUCCCAAAGAUGCUGGCGAAUAUACAGACACAGAGUAAAGUUAUUAGCUUUGCAGGCUGCCUCAGUCAGAUAUUUUUUUUCAUUCUGUUUGGGUGCCUGGACAGUUUUCUACUGACAGUGAUGGCCUAUGACCGAUUUGUGGCCAUCUGUCACCCUCUGCACUACAUGGUCAUCAUGAGCCCCCAGCUCUGUGCACAUUUGAUUCUGGGGUCCUGGAUCAUGAGUGUCUUAGUCUCCCUACUUGAGACUUUGACUGCUUUGAGGCUGUCCUUCUGCACAAACAUGGAAAUCCCCCACUUUUUUUGUGAUUUUCCCAAAGUCUUGAAGCUCGCCUGUUCUGACACCCUCGUCAAUAACAUAGUGGUGUAUUUUUUGACCAUCAUUGUAGGUGUUUUCCCUCUGUCUGGGAUCCUCUUCUCUUACUCUCAGAUUUUGCUCUCCAUCCUGAGAAUUGCAUCAGCCAGUGGCAAGUGCAAAGCCUUCUCCACCUGUGGGUCUCACCUCUUGGUGGUCUCCUUGUUCUAUGGCACAAGUCUUGGGGUCUACCUCAGUUCUGCAGCCACACUGUCCUCUAGUGCAAGUGUGAUGUCCUCGGCAAUGCACAACGUGGUCACCCCCAUGCUGAACCCCUUCAUCUACAGUCUGAGGAACAGGGACAUGAAAGGGGCUCUGAGGAGACUCCUCAGCAAGGCUCUUAAUAAAGGGUCAUUGCAGGACUCUCGUGAAUAA